GGGGCGCGGUGGCGGUGCCCUGGCGCUCAGCUCCGUCCGGGUCAUGGAGGCGCCCGCCACCUGCCUGCUUCUGCUCCUGUGGCUCGGGGCCUGGGCCCCAGCUCUGGGCGGCGCCUCCCAGGAGGCCCAGCCGCUGGUGAACGAGGAAGUGCUGCGCACGGUGGACCUGAGCAGCCACCUGGCCAAAGUGACUGCCGAGCUGGUCCUGGCGCACGCGGGCGGCUCCUCGUCGCGGGUCACCUCUUUCGUCCUGGCCCUGGAGCCGGAACUGGAGGCCCGGCUGGCACACCUGGGCAUGCAGGUAAAGGGAGAAGAGGAGGAAGAGAACAAUCUAGAAGUCCGGGAAAACAAAAUUAAGGGCAAAAGCGGGAGAUUCUUCCUGGUCAAGCUCCCCGUCGCCCUUGACCCGGGGGCCAAGAUGUCCCUCGUGGUGGAGACCGUGUACACCCAGGUGCUUCAGCCCUACCCGACGCAGAUCACACAGUCGGAGAAGCAGCUGGUGGCGUUUGAGGGCAACCAUUAUUUCUACUCCCCCUACCCCACCAAGACCCAGACCAUGCGCGUCAAGCUGGCCUUGCGCAACGUGGAGAGCUACAUCAAGCUGGGCAACCCCACGCGCUCGGAGGAUGUGCUGGACUAUGGGCCUUUCCAGAACAUUCCUGCCUACAGUCAGGAUCCCUUCAAAGUCCACGACUAGAACAACAACCCGUUCCUGACCAUCACCAGCAUGACCCGGGUCAUCGAGGUCUCCCACUGGGGGAACAUCGCCGUGGAGGAGAACGUGGACCUCAAGCACGCGGGCGCCGGGCUGAAGGGGCCCUUCUCCCGCUACCAGAGGCAGCCCGACAGCGGCACAUCCUCCAUGCGCGCCUUUAAGACCAUCCUGCCUGCUGCAGCCCUGGGGGAUGAGAUCGGCAACGUGUCCACCAGCCACCUCCUCAUCCUGGACGACUCUGUGGAGAUGGAGAUCCGGCCACGCUUCCCCCUCUUCGGAGGAUGGAAGACCCACUGCAUCGUCGGCUAUAACUUGGGCGACCAGUACGCUCUCAAGAUGAGGUUCGCGGACCACAUGUUCGACGAGCAGGUGAAGAUUAUCCUCCCUGAGGGCGCCAAGAACAUCCAGGUGGACAGUCCCUAUGAGAUCAGCCGGGCCCCGGAUGAGCUGCACUACACCUACCUGGACACCUUCGGCCGCCCCGUGAUCGUCGCCCACAAGAAGAACCUGGUGGAACAGCACAUCCAGGACCUCGUGGUGCACUACACCUUCAACAAGGUGCUGAUGCUGCAGGAGCCUUUGCUGGUGGUGGCCGCCUUCUACGUCCUCUUCUUCACCAUCAUCAUCUACGUGCGCCUCGACUUCUCCAUCACCAAGGACCCUGCUGCGGAGGCCAGGAUGAAGGUGGCCCGCAUCACGGAGCAGGUCCUGAGCCUGGUGAACAAGAGGCUGGGCCUCUACCGCCACUUCGACGAGACCAUCAACAGGUACAAGCAGUCGCGCGACGUGUCCACGCUCAACAGCGGCAAGAAGGGCCUAGAGACCGAGCACAAGGCCCUGAGCAGCGAGAUCGCCCUGCUGCAGUCCCUCCUGAAGACCGAGGGCUCCGACCUCUGCGACCCGGUGAGCGAGAUGCAGAAGCUGGACGCGCAGGUGAAGGAGCUGGUGCUCAAGUCGGCCGUGGAGGCCGAGCGGCUGGUGGCCGGCAAGCUCAAGAAGGACACCUACAUCGAGAACGAGAAGCUCAUCUCAGGGAAGCAUCAGGAGCUGGUCACCAAGAUCGACCACAUCCUGGACGCCCUGUAG